GAUGCACCGUACACUAUGGUUCACAUCAACGUGCUGAAGAAACUCACGUUUGUUCUUGUGGUGAUACUGUUAGCACUGACUGUUUGUCUGUGGAGAGAGACAAGAAGAAGCUACUACAUUCCUUUUAAGACUGAGAAUGAUGAUUUGCAAGUUCACAGGACUUCAGAAAAAUGGAACCCACUUAAAUCACAGGGUCUUUUCCAUGGAGCAGCCAGUGAAUUGGGUCAGAUACCCAAAACGUGGUUUGGUAACCAUAAUGAAGUAAAAGGCAGCACCUCUGGAACAGCUGAAAAGUUCAAGAAAGCAGCAGACUCUAUGAAAGUGUGGGAUAAGGACAGUUCAUCCAGAAAUCUCAUACCUAGGUUGCAGAAGGUCAGAAAAAAUUACUUGUCCAUGAACAAGUACAAUGUGACUUACACUGGGAAGAGGAACGCUGCUAAACUCAGCCCAGAGAAGCUGCUCUGCCAGCUACGGGACAGGGUGAACGUGACCAUGAUACAGGGAUCAGAUAGUCCUUUUGAUACCUCUGAAUGGCAGCAAUACUUACCAGGGAAAAGCCUCAAUGAAACUGUGGGCCGCCUGGGUCGCUGUGCUGUCGUGUCCUCAGCAGGGUCUCUGAAAUCAUCUCAUUUGGGACAAGAGAUAGACAAUCACGAUGCCGUCUUGCGUUUCAAUGGGGCUCCCACCAAGGGGUUUCAAGACGAUGUGGGGCAAAAGACAACAAUUCGCCUUGUGAAUUCCCAGCUUGUAACUGUUGAAGAGCAGCAGUUCCUGGGGGAAGCACUAUACAACACUGGAAUCUUAAUUGUCUGGGAUCCAGCACCCUAUCAUGCAGAGAUUCAUGAGUGGUACAGAAAACCAGACUACAACUUUUUCGAAAGCUACAAGUUGUAUCGUGGUAAACAUCCAGAGCAGCCUUUCUAUAUCCUGAACCCAAAAAUGCAGUGGCAACUCUGGGACAUUCUGCAGGAGAAUUCCCUGGAGCACAUUCAGCCUAAUCCACCAUCAUCAGGAAUGCUCGGCAUUGUGAUCAUGAUGACGCUCUGCGAUCAAGUGGACGUGUAUGAAUUUCUCCCUUCCAAACGGCAGACAGACAUCUGCCACUAUUACCAGAAGUUUCAUGACCGUGCCUGCACCAUGGGAGCUUACCACCCCCUCCUGUUUGAGAAGAACUUGGUGAAGCACAUAAACCAGGGCACAGACGAGGACAUCUAUACUCACGGGAAAGUUACUUUGCCCGGCUUCCGAAACGUGCAUUGCUAG